UCCAGUCUGCCAGGAAUACAUCUGAAGACAUAGGGGAGACCGUUGAGAUGAUCCAGCCCACCCAGCGUCCUUCACGGGUUAGGGUUAGUAACCAAUCAGCAGCCCCCAGAAGGACCAUGGCGUUGGCACCCAAGGCUCCAGCACCACCAUCCAAACCUGCCCCGCCCAUCAAAAAAGGACCUCGCCGUGGGACAAAACUCCGCGCACAGGCUGUCGCAGCUCAAGAAGACCUCCAGCCCUUCAACAACCCUGCAGAGAAACUGUCCCUUUCCUUCCGACAGCUGUCCUCAGACGACUGGGAGAAGAAACUGGACGGACUGAAGUUGGUUCGAACUUUGGCACAACACCAUCCGGCAUUACUGCAGACCAAACUGCAUGAAGUCUGCCUGGUCCUCGCAGAAGAGGUGAAUAACUUGCGCUCCGGUGUGGCCUGUGCUGCAAUGGCCACCGUAGCAAAGCUCCAUGUUCACCUGGGGAUGGCCAUGGACACUGAGGCAGAGUGGAUAGGCCCCGCCCUGCUGCUGAAGUUCGCCCAGACAACCACCGCCUUUAUUCUGGAUCAGGCUAACCUAGCCCUGGAUGCGCUGGUGGAGGGCUGCAGCCCUGGGAGAAUACUGACCGCUCUCCUCAACACAGGGCUGAGGCACCGUAGUGCUGCAGUGAGGGGGUGCACAGCACAGCACCUCCAACAGCUGGCAGAUAUCAUGGGUGGGAAUCAGAUCUUUGCAGCAGGGAAGUUCUUCGCUGAGCGUUUCCUUACUGCCGUCAGUAAGAUGGCGGUGGACGCUGCACCAGAAGUCAGGUGGGUUACCAUGGUUGCAUGGCAAUAUGGUUUGUGUUUCUUGUUCACUGUGCUGCCUCUACACCAAAUGGAUAGAUUAGAUUAGAUAGAUAAUUCAUCC